AUUUUCAUUGUGAUAACGACUAUUACACAAGAUUACACCGUAUUAAAAAAAUUAUUUACGUCCUCUUCAAACUGAUGUAUUUCAUCUUUGUACUUGGUACUUAUUAGUUCCUGUGAGAUCAAUGUGUUGAUUUAUUCAUUACGUAACAACUAGAGAUAAUUAACAAGUUACGUGCUGGUAUUCAUCUUUCGCAAUAUGAUGAGAUAGAUCAAACAGCGUACUUCACGCGAUAAACUAUCACAACGAACUCUAACUUGUCGAUUAAUCAUUAUCACCGGCAUUCGAUUUAGAACCGCAAAAUGAAAAGCAUAGUGACGUUAUUACUAAUUUUGUUAGUAAGUCACCAUGGAAGUUGUGCAAAAAUUUUGGGUGUUUUUACCUCACCGGAACGCAGCCACUACAUCCUUGGUAGUACCUUAAUGAAAGCCUUAGCCGAGAAAGGUCACGAUGUCACCGUGCUCAGUUCCUACGGCGAAAAGGAACCACCAAAAACCAAAGGAACGUACAGAGACAUCGUCGUCACAGAAAUAAUGAAAAACAUGAAUGAAAUGAUGGCCGGGGGACAAGGGAGUAUGUUCGAUCAGGGAGACAUGAGUCCGUUCCUUGCAGCCGGUUUCCUAGCGUUUAUGAUGCCUCAAAUGAUGGAACCAGGGUUAGGAGACAAAGAAAUCCAAAAAUUGAUGCACUCGAACGAAAAAUUCGAUGUUGUGAUUGUAGAACAAUUUAUGAAUGAUGCAGAGAAAGCACUAUCCACUCAUUUCGGAGCACCUUUAAUCGUUGUGAGUUCUAUGGGGGCAAACUACUGGGUGAACACGUUAGUCGGGAAUCCUUCUCCCCCGUCGUACAUUCCAAUGAUCUCUACCGACUAUUCAAUCCCCAUGACGUUUUGUGAACGACUUGAAAACAGUCUCUUGUUUCUACUAACAGAAGUACUUUUCAAAUGGUACGUGUACCCUUACGAGAACGCGAAAAUUAAAAAGUACAUACCGAACGGACCUGACAUUAAUGACGUACUUUACAAUGCUUCAAUUAUUUUGAUGAACUCUCACCCGAGUCUAAACCAACCUGUGCCGUACGUACCCAACAUGAUCGAUAUUGGAGGGUUUCACGUACAACCACCAAAGAAACUCCCUCAAGACUUGCAAGAAUUUUUAGAUAGCGCGAAGGAGGGUGUUGUUUAUUUCAGCAUGGGGUCUAAUUUGAAAAGUGCUGAGUUGCCAGCGGAGAAAAGGGAGGCAAUUCUGAGGACGUUCUCGAAAUUAAAACAAAAAGUCUUGUGGAAAUGGGAAGACGAUGUUCUUCCUGGACAACCGGAGAAUGUUAAGUUGUCUAAGUGGCUGCCACAACAAAGCAUUCUGGCACAUCCAAAUGUCAAACUUUUUAUCACCCAUGGAGGGCUAUUAAGUACUACCGAGACUAUCUACCACGGAGUACCUAUUCUGGCGAUUCCCGUAUUUGGUGAUCAACACCUAAACGCUAAAGCAGCUGUGAAAAAUGGUUAUGGUCUUAUGCUCCCCUACCCUGAAAUUACCGAAGAAAGCUUUACGCAAAAUAUUCGAGAAAUUUUGAAUAAUCCUAAAUAUAGAAAUAACGCGAAAAAGAAGUCUGACGCUUUCCACGAUAGGCAGGUGAGUCCAAUGGAGACUGCCAUUUACUGGAUCGAGUACGUAAUUCGUCAUAAAGGAGCACCACACCUGAGAGUCGCAGCUCUUGAUCUACCAUGGUACAAAUAUUUCUUGCUAGACGUAAUUGGUUUCCUAGUUUUAGUUACCUCGGUUAUUGGAUGUAUUUCGUACUACUCAAUUAGAGCCGUUUGUAAAAAAAUAUGCAACAAACGGAAGAGUAAAAAGUUAAAACAGAAGAAAAAUUAGUUAAUAUAACAAAAUAAAAAACUUGUGAUACAAUA